AUGGCUUCUCGGUUCGGAUCGAAUCUCCACCAGCGCGACCCGCGUAGCGCUCUCUUCGCGGGCUACGAUAAUGGCGAAGCGUCUAGGCGCCCUGUGAGCGCGAGUCCGAAUCGAUACGGUGGCUACGGGUAUCCCGGAGGCGCCUCGGCGACUGGUGGCAACAGCCAUCUCGGUGUAUCUAACACCCAAUAUAGGCCAGCAACGCCAAACAAGAAGGGCCAUUAUAGCGAUGCCGUUCUCAACGAACUCGAGAGCCAAAACGAUCAGCAGGUAGAAGGUAUCCUUGGCAAGGUCAGGGUCCUCAAGGAUAUGACCGUGGCGAUCGGCGAUGAGAUCCGCGAAUCCUCGGCGCUUGCGGAAAAGAUGAACGAAGGCUUCGAUAACACCCGAGUCCGCCUCCGAGGCACCAUGAACCGCAUGCUAGUCAUGGCCGAACGUACUGGCGUGCCUUGGAAGGUGUGGCUUGCCUUCUUCGCCGCUGUCAUCUUUGUCUUCAUGUACGUCUGGCUGUUCUGA